AUGCAAGGAAAGAAAGUCUCCUCUAGAUGUAAACAUUCCACCAUGAUGGUAGUGAUCAUUAUUGUGAUGCAUGUACCAGGUUUCAUUUUAUCAAAACAUUUCACAUGGUUUAAAGCACAAGAAAAAUGCAGAGAUCUGAACGAGUCAUUAACGUUGAAUGAGACUCAGCCUGGAAAACCUUACUGGACGGGAUAUUACAAACGACAGUCUCGUUGGAUCAAAAUUAUAGGAUGCUACAACGAAUCUGAUGUGAGAAUUUCUGAUUACCAACAGUACUCUCUGACGAGUUCAUCACCAGGGUUAUGUCAAGAACUCUGUCUUGUGCAAAAUUGGUCCUUAUUUGCCAUACAGGCUAAACUAUGUAUCUGUCUUCCUCAUGCUUUGGACGUUUUGCCAUUAAUCCCAAAUAUGUGUAACUACACGUGCGACAAUAGUUUAUUACUGGCUUCUGAAUGUGGUGGAGAAUCAUCAUUUAAUGUGUUCGAAUCAGAAAAUUAUACACAGAAUGUACAAAGCAAAACAUGGAGAAUGAAAAUGCUUGAAUGCCAAUCUUUUGGAGCCUAUCUUUUGGGAAACUUAAGCUUAUUAAGCGCUGCUUUAGCAUGUAUGUCUGUUAAUGAAGCGUUUAGUGGUCCACGCUGGAUAGGGGUAGUAAGAUAUACAUAUGAAUCAACAGAUAGAGCUGUCACAGAACUAGUUAAAACUGGCAUUUACAUCAGCUAG